CGGCGUCGUUUUUCCUCUCCCACUUCUGCGGUUCCUUAAACCCUUCUUCAACCUCACAGUCAGACUCAUCCUAGAUUGAACACCCAAAUUAAUUCUUAUGAUCAAUCACAUAAAUCCUAUUAGAAAAAAAAUGUGGUCUUUGAUACAGAAAAGAUCAUGCAGUAAAAUCCCACUUCAUAUUUCAAUCAUGAGGAGUUGUUUGUUGAAUUAUGUCACUGAACACCAAUUUUACUAUUCUUCUUCCCCGGCUUACAAUCAUACAUCUCCUCGUCGUGCAAUUGUAGCCGAGAAAAAUAAUGGAUUCUUUUCGUCAUUUGAUGCGAAAUGGAGGGGAUCAAAUUUUAUGCGAUUUUUGAGCUCUCAGGCUGCUGCUGAAGCAUCCGCUUUCGACGGGCUGACGGUUGAAGGAAUCAUUGCAAACAAUUGGGUGAUUUAUGAUGAAAGUGAGAGCGAUUGGAAGAGUCACGCGGCAGCCAUUGCUCAGUCCAUUCACCUUAUCAAGAAGCGCCUAAGAUGGAAAAAGUUGAUACCUAAACUAGAGGUGUUAUCAGAAGAGUUAAACAGGCCAGAUUUGUGGGAUGAUCCUUCACAUGCAGGAAAGAUAAGUCGUGAGCACGGCUCAGUUAUGGGCAAAAUGAAAGAGGUUAAUGCUUUUGAGCAAGAGCUUUUCGAACAUAUUGAUAUGAUAAAGCUUGCUCGUGAGGAGAACGAUGCAGAAUUGCAAUCGGAAUCCUUGAAUGCUCUACUUGUCCUAAGAAGGCAUAUCAAAGAAAAAGAGCUUGAAGCUUUGUUAGCUGGGGAGCAUGACCCGUGCUCUUGCUUCAUAGAGGUUCAAGCUGGAGCUGGUGGUACUGAGAGUAUGGACUGGGCUUCAAUGGUCAUGCAGAUGUACAAAAGGUGGGCAGAAAGUCGUCGUUUUAGAGUUACUGUUGUUGAGGAAAUCCCAGGCGAAUUGGCUGGAAUCAAGAGAGCGACAAUCAAGGUGGACGGCGGUUAUGCAUACGGAUACGCCAAAGCAGAAGUCGGGGCACAUCGUCUGGUGCGUAUCUCUCCAUUCGACAGCAAUAAGCGCCGGCACACCUCCUUUGCUUCCGUAGCUGUAAUUCCAAUCCUAGGUGAAGAUUUCUCCCAUGUCCAAAUCAACGAAUCUGACCUACGGAUUGAGCGAUAUCGAUCAGGGGGCCCCGGGGGUCAGCAUGCAAACACUACUGACAGCGCUGUACGGAUCACUCAUAUCCCUACAGGAGUCACUGCCUCUAGUCAAAAUGAAAGGUCGCAGCACCAGAACAAGGCUUCUGCAAUGGCCGUGCUCCAGUCGCGGCUGGACCAACUUGAAAUGGUCCGUCAAGCGCAGGUGAACGCGGAGCACACGCAGUCGCUCACUGACAUAAACUUCGGCAGCCAGAUCCGGUCCUACGUGCUCCACCCUUAUAGAAUGGUGAAAGAUCAUCGGACUGAGUACGAGGUUUCGGAUCCGGAUUCUGUCUUGCAAGGAGAUGUUGAUGGAUUCAUCUUGAGCUUUCUAUCUGCCUCUUUAGACAAAGAUGAAGAUGAUUCAUAGCCAAUCAAGUGAUUUUCUUGCUUCCAUUUCAUGCACUUGUAGUAACUAAUAGUACUUUUGUAUUUAUUAACUCAAAAGGUAGGAGAAGGUCCACAGUUUGUUUC